CCAAACCCUCGUAAGACCAACUAAUCAGCUCGCAUCUUUACAGUCACAUGACUCAAAGCGUCCCGUAAUCUCGCUAUACGUCCUCUCGCGAGCUUUCCAUUUCCCUUUUCACUCUGAGUUCAAGAUGGGAGUUGACAUCAGACACAACAAGGACCGCAAGGUUCACAGGAAGGAGCCCAAAAGUCAGGAUAUUUACCUGAGGCUCCUGGUCAAGUUGUUCAGAUUUCUGGCUCGUCGUUCUGAUGCUCCCUUCAACAAGGUCAUUCUGAGGAGACUCUUUAUGAGCAAGACUAACCGCCCCCCUCUGGCCCUGUCCCGUCUGAUCCGUAAGAUGAAGCUUCCAGGCCGUGACAACCAGAUCGCUGUUGUUGUGGGAACCAUUACUGAUGAUAUCAGGAUUCAGGAUGUCCCUAAACUGAAGGUGUGUGCGCUGAAGGUGACUGCUGGUGCUCGCCGCAGGAUCUUGAAGGCUGGUGGUCAGAUCAUGACCUUUGACCAGCUGGCCCUCACUGCCCCUAGAGGACAAGGCACUGUUCUGUUGUCAGGACCCCGUAAGGCCAGAGAGGUGUACAGGCAUUUUGGUAAAGCUCCUGGGACUCCCCACAGCCACACCAAGCCCUAUGUGCGUUCCAAAGGCAGGAAGUUCGAGCGCGCCCGUGGUCGCAGAGCCAGCCGAGGCUACAAGAACUAAAUGUCUGUCUUUUGUAUUCAAUAUUGUAAUGCAAAUAAAGAUUGGAUAAUAUUCAAAAUACAAA